UCGCUCGCCGCUGUCAGCUGCGCCGGAAGUUCCUGGCCCGGCCUGGCGGUAACCUUGGGGUCUUCGCCGCCCGAGCAGCCACGGCCGCCGCGGGGGUGGGCUUUGCUAGUCCGAGCCUCAGCCGGGGCCAGGUCCGUUAGGUGCCAGGAACCGCCGGGUUGCGCAGGAGUUCGCUGAGGUUCCCGGGGAGUAGGAACCGCGGGCGCAGGGCCUCCCAGCCGACAUGUCUCUAGUGGCAGAAGCCUUCGUCUCGCAGAUCGCAGCUGCAGAACCUUGGCCUGAAAAUGCUACAUUAUAUCAGCAACUGAAAGGGGAGCAAAUUUUGCUUUCUGACAAUGCAGCUUCUCUUGCUGUGCAGGCCUUUUUGCAGAUGUGUAAUCUGCCUGUCAAAGUGGUUUGCAGGGCAAAUGCAGAAUAUAUGUCUCCAUCUGGUAAAGUACCUUUUAUUCACGUAGGAAAUCAAGUAGUAUCGGAACUUGGUCCAAUAGUCCAAUUCGUUAAAGCCAAGGGCCAUUCUCUUAGUGAUGGGCUGGAUGAAGUCCAAAAAGCAGAAAUGAAAGCCUACAUGGAAUUAGUCAACAAUAUGCUGUUGACUGCAGAGUUGUAUCUUCAGUGGUGUGAUGAAGCUACUGUAGGGGAGAUCACUCAUGCUAGGUAUGGAUCUCCUUACCCUUGGCCUCUGAAUCAUAUUUUGGCCUAUCAGAAACAGUGGGAAGUCAAACGUAAGAUGAAAGCUAUUGGAUGGGGUAACAAGACUCUGGACCAGGUCUUAGAAGAUGUAGACCAGUGCUGUCAAGCUCUUUCUCAAAGACUGGGAACACAACCAUAUUUCUUCAAUAAGCAGCCUACUGAACUAGAUGCACUGGUAUUUGGCCAUCUGUACACCAUUCUUACCACACAGUUGACCAAUGAUGAACUUUCUGAGAAGGUGAAAAACUAUAGCAACCUCCUUGCUUUCUGUAGAAGAAUCGAACAACACUAUUUUGGUAAAGUCAGCUCAUCCAUCAGAUUGUCUUAGAGUUAUGUGUUAAUUUAGUUAUUACUUUUAAAAAGUUUAACUUUUGAAAUAUAUGUUACUUGAAUGAUGUAAUAGAUAAUGGUAUCAGAAUUUUAAAACCAAAAAUACUGCUUUUCAAAACCUCAAAACAAAUUACAUAAUGUAUACGUGUACCUUAUACUGCUAUUUGUGUAUACAUUAAA